UCAACUGGGAGUUAAUUACCGUGUGGAGUCGCGAGGACACGCUCACGCGUUUGGAUGCCAACAAGUAGAAAGAAAGAAAGAAAGAAGGAAAGAACUAAAGAAAGAGAGAAAGAAAGAACUAAAGAAAGAAAGAAAGAACUAAAGAAAGAGAGAGAGAGAGAACCUGAUCUCAGGGACCAUGAGGGGAGACACAACGACGGAGAAUAAGCUGGAGGCGGGCGGCGCUGCAGAAAGACGACCUAGUAUUACAGUGAUGCAGAAUAUGUUAAAGAGGGUCUCCCAAAGCACUUUCCACAACAGAUACCAGAAUCUCGUCCCAUCAGUCUCCGAUUCCAGCGAAUCAUCUGUGAACGAGUCUGAACGCAAACAGGAUGGCGAGCGCCUCGCCGACCCCUCGGCGGCGGCCUCGGGUGCGACGGACCAGCAGCAGCAGCAGCAGCAGCAGCCCUGCACGGUACAGAAUGGAAGGCAGGAAGCGCUCCAUUUAAAUCCUCAGAAGGGAGUCUAUGGGGACUUGGCCAGAAUGAACCCUUUUUAUAGGCACUUUUUGGAAUCCGACAGCAAAGGUCACGUGAUGGAGGACGCAGGCAUGAACACGUCAGAGGAAAUAGACCUCGAUGCCAUCUUUGUCCCUCCACCGGAUUUUCAGAGUUCACCUCUGGAUCCUCAGCCUGAAAUGGAGACCGUGGAAAAUGAAGCUAAAUUGUCUGAACAUCCAAAGGACCCAUUCGAGACCCUUACCCCCAACCUUGUGCAAUACCCCUUCCAGACGUCGGCGUUGCCCCCGAACACGUCCACCAAAGACUAUUUUAAUGACAUUACACUGAACUCGCCAGACUUAUUCAAGCCGAUCCCCGCUCAAACACAGAACCCGUCUCAAGCUUUGCAGUUAAAAAGCUCCGACCUGUUGGAAUACGAAGGGGUCGAUCUAUUCCAGUCUGCUAAAGGAGAGGAUUUGCUCCAUGCUGAACACGCCGGGGAGGUAAACCUCUUUGACAAAUCUCAAAGUGUUUUUGGCAACUCCUUCAAAUCUCCAAACGCGGACGAUGAACUGUUCCGGGCUCCACAGCCAAAGACUGCGAACUUGUUCUACACCGCCCCGCUCAAAGAAGCAGAUUUGUCUCGAUCGGUUCCGAUUGGGGAAAACGCCCAAGAUCCCUUUAUGGAAGAGGACCUUUUUGGCAUGUUGUCUUUUCGGGAUGUUUUUUCAGCCUCGUCCACCACAAUCGAUCCAUUCCCGAGCCCAAUCGCGAGGGAUUUAUUCCAAGACGUUUCCAGUUUGGAGGACCCGUUUGGUACCACGCCCUCAAGACAAUACGACCCUUUCCAAGAUGUCUCGCCUGGGACUCCGGACAUCUUCAAACCACAUCCCUCAAAGACGGACGGCAGGGACGUAUUCGGGAUGAGCUCCAGCAAUACCGCCCCCAAGGCCACCUACUCUACACCUUCAACCAACUUAUCGGAGAUUAAGCCGGACACGCUAGCGCCGCUACAUGUCUUCCAGGCGACGCCAUCCGAAUCUCCUCCAGCCGUCCAAGCGAAGUCACACGAUAUCUUCUUGACGACUCCUCAGGGAACCAAAGUGGAUAUUCUUGAGCCGAAUCCCUUCAGUCGUUGCAGGAAUCGGUCCAUGCUACGCAGCAGCAAUUCUCCAGCCGAAAUGAAUCAUGUGCAGACUUUUAAACGGCCGCCAAUGCCACUUCCUCGAAGUAGAACUCCAAACUCCAAACCAGCAAACCCUAUUAAACCUGAAGCAACUGGACCAAAAGUCUCUCCUAAACCGGCCCUCAGACUGGCCCCAAAAUCAGAUCUUCACCCCAAAUCCCAAACUCCGGAAACUAAACCAAUGCAACCUGAAGACUUUUCACUCUACGAAGACGUCCUGCUGACUGGACAGGAAAGGUGUGUGGAAGACUGGCCUGACGACAGCCCUCAGCUCGACCCCGACUUCAAACCAUCUGGGAAAUUGAGACUACGACGGGAAUCCAUGAGAAUCAAUUCGGUCUCAGACGGAGGAAGUGGCGACGACCAGGACGUCUCCGUAAAGAAAAAGGACAGAAAGUUCCGGUUGUCCGUGCUUUCUAGAAGAAGGUCAAAGGGCGACACAAAGGAGGGGAGGAGCCGUUCGCUACCCAACUCUCGUAAAUCAUCAAAGGAGUAUUUUUCAGAAUUUCCCAUGCCUGCAGAGGAGAAUGACGAAGGGGAGCGUGACUACAAAAAACCCCUGAAGACCAGAGCCAGUGAGCUCAGGAGGGCGUCCUUCACGUCCUCGGUGCCCACGGGGAAGCAGAUGAACGGACACCUGCCUCAGGAAGCAAAGGGGAAAGUUUUGGAUGACGGUGGUGAGGAGGAGGAGGAGGAGGAAGAAGACAUGGACGUCCAUGGAUCUAAGAAGAAAAAGAAGUUGAAAAUACGAUUUGUGCCACAAAGAGGAUUCGCCAUCAUGGUCCAAAAGGGAGCACAUGGAUACACACCUCGCAAAAACUCCAAGGACAAAUCCCAAGAGGAAUGCGUCGGCGCUCACGGGUACGCGCCUCGUAGGAAGUCCCAGGAUGAUGAUGAUGAUUUUGGGGAAGUCGAGGAGAGAGGCCACAGUCUUCCGUCAGCUAGCAAGGCUGCUUUCAUGGACGAUGAGCUCUUCCCGGAGAGGCACCGUCUGUCCGGUGGAUUUACUGGAGAUGAUCCAUACGACGUGGAAAACUGCAAACCCAAGAAACCGGCAAAGAUGAAACUGCUACACGUGGGCCGGCGAAGCUCUCGGGAGGACAUGCUGCAUGAGGCCGAUCACCAGAAACAGAAGAGCAGCUGCUCGGCAGAGGAGCCGUACGAUGAAGACUGGAUGGAGGACUGCAAACCGGACCGCUUUGCAGAAAGGGGAACAUGUGCCGCGAGCCCCGGAGAGAUGAAUGACAGCCACGAAGAUGAAACCUGCAAACCGAAGAAGAAAUCUAAACUUAAAGACUUCAUGAAACCCAAGUCUAAGAAAAAAGCAACGCAACCCGAGUGGGAAGAUCCACCCGGAGCGGCGUCGAGCGACUUCCUGUCGGAGGCGGCGAAGGCAGAGUGGCUGGCUGCUCAGACGGAUGAGUGUACCAACGCAGGUCUGGAGGACGAGGACGAGGGAGGGGACACUGACAGUUUGAUGGAGUGGUGGAACACAGUGGAACAAUGGGAUGAGGUGCCGUCUGACAACGAGGACCAAGUUAUAAGAGAGGACGAGUCCAAGUCAUUCAUCAUCUUGGCGGGCAAGGUUCACCGCGGCCUGCGCGUCUUCAACAAAGUCUUCACGGAGCGAGCCGAGGGCCUCUGGCAGGCCGUCAUCUCGCUCCACGCCAUCGCCGAUAACAUCAACGACUUCCACCAGAAGGCCCGGAUCGCCGGCAUCACCGGCGGCACCACCACGGCCGUGGGCGGCGCCACCGCCAUCGCCGGUUUGGUUCUGGCGCCCUUCACGAUGGGCAUCUCUCUCGUCGUCGUCACCGCCGUCGGCGUCGGCGUGGCGACGGCGGGAGGAAUCACUUCUGCCUCCGCGGCCAUCUCGGACAACGUCAACAACAUGCACGACCGGAAGAAGGUGGAGAUAAUACUGGAGGCGUAUGAGGCUCACCUGCAGGCCAUUGCGAAGAUCCUCCACUUUGUCAAUCAGGGCGUGUACAAACUCCGCGGCCACCCCUUCCUCAGGUCUGGCACCCAGCACUACUCUGAGGACUGGGAGGUCCGCAAGGCGGUCCAGAUGGUCAACUUGGUGGACUCGCCCGUGAUGCGGGCGGCGGAGGUGACCGACGCUUCGAAUGCCUCGGUCCAAGGGCUCUUCAAAAGCAUAGACAAGUACUUCAUCAAGGACUCCAGAGAGCUGAAGAAGGGCUACAAGAAAGAGGUGGUGGUGCAAAUAAAGGAGGUGGCGAACGUGCUCAACGACGGGAUCGUGGAGCUGAACGCCCUCCGAGAGGAGCUGCAGGACGCUACCGGGAACAUGUGAGCAGCAUGAAGCCACCUCAGUGGAUUCCUGGAGCGCCACCAGUGCCCUCUCCUGGUCAAAUGAGGGAACUGUUGGUUUAAAAGUGAAGCUAAGCUGCAACGCUUACAAUGGUCAUUAUUUUGUUGUGGUUUUAGCAGAGAGAAGAUGAUGAUGAUGAUGAUGAUGAUUAUUCAUAAUUAUUGAUGCUGUAGAUUACUUUUGCUGUAUUUGAUAUGCGAGGUGUUCACACGGGGGACUGGUCCAAAUAUCGUGAAGGCAGGCACACGGCUUUGAGCACUGAGUGGUCUCUGGGGGUUAAAGGUUUUAAAUGCACUGGUUUGUUUUUUUUGCACUGGUUUUUUGGUGUAAUUUCCACACCCACUGUGGACCCAUUCUAAACAGGAGUACAGUGACAUGUGUGAGUUCUACAGCCUCUCUCUCAAGCUAAUGGGAUAUGCUGAAAAUAUACACAAUGGCCCUUUAAUUCAUGGAUUUAUGUCUAGCCACUAUCGGCAUAACCAAACAAAUGUUAUUGGUUGAGAAUCUACAAUGAGACCCUAAAAAAAGUGACCGUUGCAUUGUUUUAUGGUGUUUAAGAUUUAAAAUGUUAAGUGAUAGUUUUCAUUUGUUGAAUUAAGGUCCAUUAUUUAGUUUAUCAACUGUAAAUAUUAACUUUCUGCUGACAUCUUAAGAGGAUAAAUCGUUACCUGACUAACGUAUUCACAUGCUUUUUAUAUAUCUGUAUGACGGUUCUUCAAAGCGCCAAUGAAGUACAAUUCUAAUGUUUUUUUUUUUUAGUGAUUUAACCCUUUAAUCUAUGUAGCUGUCCAAAAUAAAGCAAACUAUUGAUAUGUUAAUAUAUGAUCAUUACUGUAUAUGUUUUAAUUGUACUUGCUGCAUAUUGCUCCUGCCUUUGACAAUGCAUCUUCCUGCAAUAUUUUUACCUAAAUGGAACAUCUCAUCUGUAAAAUCUUUUUUAAUAUGUGUAAUACAUUUAAUCUUUGAAUAAAGAC